UCAUGUGAAACACUCCAACCCCUUCAUAUGACUGGAUACAUUCCCCAUUUUCCAAUUUUUUCUUUUUCCACGCACAAUAGCAGCCAAAAUUUAUGGUUGUUUCUCGAUUUUUUUCACGAUAAGGUUCCAAUUUGAAUUUAGGUUUCUCACUCAGCCGUUACUCUGUGACGCUUGAGCUUCUCCAAGAUUUGUUGAAAGAGGCGAGUGAGCACAAAAUCGGAGACAACAAAUUUCAGAAAAAGUGUUGCGUGGAUGUUUAAAGGUUUGGAUCGUUGAAGUUUUGAUGAGUUGAUGAAUAUAUGAUGUUUGAUGAACCGUUGAAAGUUGUUGUGUUGGUUUUGUGAAGGAAACUGAUCCUUUGUCUCCUUCUACAUUUCUGAAGGGUUUGUGUCAAAUGGGAAAAUGAUGAUGAACAUUUUUGGGUUUAUGAUGAAUUUAGGGUUUAUGACAUCAACUAAUUUCUUCUUCUAUUUGCGUUUCUUCUUUGUUGAAUCUUUGUGGUUUUAGAGUAUUUAAAUUUGGUUGGACUGGAUUUCUUAGGCUAAGUCAUGAUGGAUCUCUUUCUCUGUUUCAUAAGCAUCCUUCUCCAACGAAGAAGACGCUGACUCUGCUCAUAUUUUCGAGGUUGUCGUCAUUGUCGGUGUUGCUUUGCAGGUUCUCGAAAUCAAUUGGAUGUUAUCACAACCCAUUGAACUGCUGUAGCUUCUUUGUUUGCAGUUAUAAUAUCGAGUAGCUCACAAACUGGAAUUCGGCUCUGAUUAUGCAGCUGUCACAGGAUAUCAGUUCAGGUAGGGCUAAUUGGAAUGGAUUAUCUGAUACAGGUCGGUAUCCAUUAUUUCACAAUCAAUAUACAUUCAAAUUUUUUCUGUGGUAGUCCUAUAAUGUCCUUUCGAUAUCUUCGUGCGUCUUUGUAUUUACAGCAACAUUGAUAAUCAAUUACAUGGUUUCAGGUUUGGUUUAUGUGUUUUAGUAUACAUCUAAAUUGUGAUUCAUGGUUAUGUGUUGUAGUUUAAAUCCAUCCUUCCUGAUAAAAGUACACAAGUAGACAUAUCACUUGCGUAUAGACCAGUUAUAGACAUGUGGAGCAUUGGCUGCAUAUUUGCAGAACUUUUAACCGGAAAACCUCUUUUCCCUGGGAAGAAUGUUGUCCAUCAAUUGGAUAUCAUGACUGAUUUUCUUGAAACACCAUCUCCUGAUGCCAUUGCAAGGAAUACGACUGAGGUUGCAGAGGAUUUAUCCAAAUGUUGCAUCAAAGAAGUUGAGAAACCGCCUGUAGAUAGGAGUAAUGUUAUUCUUUCGAUGACCCGACUUCCUUUACAAACUCCUCAAAAUGUUCAAGGUCUUGCUGCAAGGCCCGAAAAAUUUGUUGGUUCUGCAAUGCAUUAUAAUAACUGUGGGGUGGCAGCAGAAAUCGAACAACGGAGGGUGGUUAGGAAUGCAUCUAUUUUGAAUCAGUAUGCGGCUUCAAGUUAUCGGCGGAGAAAUCCAAACUAUAAAAGCGAGAGGAUAGAAGAUGAUGCGAUUGAAGGUUCUAACGGGAUGCAACCAAAGCUUCAAUACAUAGCAAGGAAAGUUGCUGCUGCUCAAGACGAAGCAGGUAGCCACUGGUAUUGAUUUUUAUCCUGCUGCUCAAGGCAGAGCAUGUAGCCAGUGGUAUUGAUUUUUGAUGAAAAAUGAAGUUUACGUGGCUUAAAAUUGCGUUGUGCCAUGAAGAUCUUGUGAUACCUGGAUUUCAUGUGCUACACCUAAUCUUGAGUUUCUGAGCUGCAGAAAAUUUAAGUGGGCAUAACCUUGACUAUGAUCAACUUAAGAUAGCUUGAGAGAUUCACUUACAAAGAACAAGUUUCUGGCAAACGAUUUCGUCAAUCGGAGUAUUGAAAGGGAGUCUCGCAUGGUCUAAUUAUGAUUUUCUUACGCUAAUUUGUGAAAUAAUAGAAACACAAGAGACAUGGUAACAUAUGAACUUGAAGGCAGAGCUGUUGUUCAAUGCAGAAUUGAAACUGUAACUUAAUAGUACUUAAUAGUAUUGACUACCAUUAUAAA